CAGAUGCAGCUGCUUCACGGUCUCCACUCCUGAAUCUCGCUCGUUUGAUGUCGGGGCAAACAUGUCUGUCUCGGGAGGCGGUACGAGAGGGUUUUACUUCAACACAGUCCUGUCUCUGGGUCGCUCUUUAGCCGCCCACCGUCCGGCGCCGGUCGAAAAGGUCCAGAAGCUGCAAUGCAUGUGUCCAGUGGAAUCCCGCGGUGUGUUCACCCUGGAUGUGCGUCGCAGAGAUGCCGUGAUUGCGUUGGCUGUGUUUCUGGUGGAAUCUGGUUUACAGCACAAAGACACACUUGUUCCCUACUUGCUGAGCCUAUUGAGGGGACUGCCACGGGUCCAAUGGAUCGAAGAGAGCUCGGGAAAGAAAGGAAAGGAAUUUCUCCCGGUUGCGGAGAACUUCAGCUACUGUCUCGUGACCCUUUUGUCAGACGUGGCUCAGAGGGACCCAGACUCCCGACAAGAGAUCAUCAACACUAUAAUGGAGGUCAUGCAGGCCCUGCAGGACAUGUGUCAAGCACCUGAUAAUCAUGAUAAAGUCUACUUGUGCAGGUACGUGGUCCCCGGGCUGCUCGGCAUGACUCGAGCGUUUGGUCGCUACAGCUACACGGACGAAGCGCUGCUGUCCAAGCUGUUCCCCAAAGACGUGCCGCAGGUCCGCUGCGUCACCGAGGAAACCGAGGGCGUGCGGCGCAGGUCCUUCAACGAAUUUCGCUCCAUCAUGCCGUCUUCGCUGCUCACGGUGUGCCGGAGCGACAGCCUGCGCAGAAGCACCGGGACCAACCUGGAUGCCUCUGCACCGGUCUUUUCAGAUGCAGGGAGCCACUCACCCUGCUCUCCGACAGCCGCCGGACCACAUUUCUUUGAAGGCUCCUACCUCCCAGACACCAGCACACUAGAUCCCGACUACUAUUUCUCAACAGUCAGCUCCAGUUUCUCGGUGUCCCCUCUCUUCAUGGGAGCUGAAAACGAGGUGGAGGUGCCCGUCGACCUGCUCCGACAGCUCCUCGCCAUGGUGAAGAAGUUUGUCUCCGACUCGUUUCUGAAAGAUCUUGACGACUCCAUGGCGGAGGUCAGAGAGUCUAAUCCUGGAAUCAACCUCUUCUACAAAACCUUCAGUGACACUCUCUAUGUGUGCGUGUUCAAAAUGCUGCGGGACACACUGUACUACAUGAAAGCCUUGCAGCCAGCAUUCGUGCGGCAGGUUCAUGACUUUGUGCUGGAGCAGUUCAGCAGCAGCCAGUCGGAGAUGCAGCGGGUGCUUCAUGACACGGGGGGGCUGCCGGUGGAACAGAGCCCCCUCAAGCUGCGUUGCCAAGCCAACGCCGCCUGCGUGGACCUCAUGGUGUGGGCCGUCAAAGACGAGCAAGGAGCCGAGAAUUUGUGCACCAAACUGUCGGAGAAGCUUCAGUCCAAGACCUCCAGUAAAGUCAUCAUCGCUCACAUGCCGCUGCUCAUCUGUUGCCUCCAGGGUCUGGGUCGUCUGUGCGAGAGGUUUCCGGUCGUCGCUCACUCCGCCUCGACCUCUCUCAAGGAUUUCCUGGUGGUUCCUUCCCCUGUCCUUAUAAAGCUCUACAAGUAUCACAGCCAGUACACCACAGCCACAGGAGAAAUCAGGAUCAACGUGACCAAUGAGCACUCUCAGUCCACCUUCAACCUGCUGUCGAACAGGAAAGACCAGCCGUCCAUGUACGAGCAGCUCCGAGACAUUUCCAUCGACAACAUAUGCAGAUGUCUGAAAGCUGGUCUGACAAUGGACAAUGAGAUAGUGGCAGCCUUUCUGGCCAGUCUGUCCAACCGGCUGUACAUUUCACAGGAAAAUGACAAGGACGCCCAUUUGAUCCCAGACCACACCAUUCGAGCACUGGGCCACAUCGCAGUGGCCCUCAGAGACACUCCUAAAGUCAUGGAGCACAUCCUACAAAUCCUCCAGCAGAAGUUCUGUCAGCCGCCGUCACCGCUGGACGUGCUCAUCAUCGACCAGCUGGGCUGCAUGGUCAUCACUGGCAACCAAUACAUCUACCAGGAGGGCUGGAACCUGUUCCAGCAGAUCAGCGUGAAGGCCAGCUCGGUGGUCUACUCGUCUACCAAAGACUACAGAGACCACGGCUACAGGCACUGCUCUCUGGCAGUGAUAAACGCUCUGGCCAACAUUGCGGCCAACCUCCAGGGGGAGCAACUCGUGGAUGAACUGAUGGUGAAUUUGUUGGAGUUGUUUGUCCAGCUGGGCCUGGAGGGAAAGAGAGCCAGCGAGAGGGCCUCAGACAAAGGACCCGCGAUGAAGGCGUCAAGUAGCGCUGGGAACCUGGGAGUCCUCAUUCCGGUGAUUGCUGUGUUGACCAGACGGCUUCCGCCCAUCAAGGAGGCCAAGCCCCGUCUCCAGAAGCUGUUCAGGGACUUCUGGUUGUACUCGGUGGUCAUGGGGUUCGCUGUGGAAGGAUCAGGACUUUGGCCAGAGGAGUGGUAUGAAGGCGUGUGCGAGAUUGCCACCACGUCUCCUCUGCUCACGUUCCCCAGCGGAGAACCUCUUCGCUCCGAGCUGCAGUACAACUCUGCCCUGAAGAACGACACCGUCACUCCGGCCGAGUUGAGCGAUCUGAGAGCCACCAUCAGUAAUCUCCUGGACCCGCCUCCUGAAGGAUCUGCCCUCAUCAACAAGCUCGACUUCGCCAUGUCCACCUACCUGCUCUCCGUCUACAGGCUGGAAUACAUGAGGAUGCUGCGGUCCAACGACCCCGACAGGUUCCAGGUCAUGUUUCGAUAUUUGGAAGACAAAGCCAUCCAGAAAGACAAAUCCGGCAUGAUGCAGUGCAUCAUUUGUGUCGGUGACAAGGUGUUCGACGUCUUCCUCCAGAUGAUGGCUGAGAAGCCGAAGACCAAAGGGCACGAGGAGGAAUUGGAGCGACAUGCCCAAUUCUUAUUGAUCAACUUUAACCACACCCACAAGAGGAUCCGCAGAGUGGCGGACAAGUACCUUUCGGGUUUGGCGGAGACAUUCCCCCAUCUGCUGUGGAGCGGCCGCGUGUUGAAGACCAUGUUGGACAUUUUGCAGACGCUCUCGCUGUCUCUAAGCGCUGACAUCCACAAGGAUCAGCCGUACUACGACAUUCCAGACACGCCCUACAGGAUCACUGUUCCUGACACAUACGAGGCCCGAGAGAGCAUAGUAAAGGACUUUGCCGCUCGCUGUGGUGAGAUCCUGAAAGAGGCGAUGAAAUGGGCCCCUUCAGUCACAAAGUCCCACUUACAGGAAUACCUGAACAAGCAUCAGAACUGGGUCUCAGGCUUGUCCCAGCACACGGGCCUGGCCAUGGCCACCGAGAGCAUCCUGCACUUCGCCGGCUACAACCGACAGAGCACUACACUCGGCACCACCCAGCUGAUGGAGAGGCCGGCCUGCGUGAAGAAGGACUACUCCAACUUCAUGGCGUCGCUCAACCUGCGCAACCGCUACACCGGAGAGGUGGCGGGUAUGAUCCAGUUCUCGGAGGUGACUCACAGCCACUUGGACCUCAACAAGCUGAUUAUCCUUCAGAUGACCAGUGCGCUGGACAGAAAGGACCCAGAGGUCUUCACCCAGGCCAUGUUCAAGAUGGCCGCCCUGCUUAUAACUACCAAAAACUGCAACCCUCAGCUCCUGCACCACCUGUGCUGGUCUCCUCUGAAGAUGUUUACAGAACACGGCAUGGAGACGGCCAUCGCCUGCUGGGAAUGGCUGCUGGCCGCACACAACGGGGUGGAAGUGCCCUUCAUGCGUGAGAUGGCAGGAGCAUGGCAGAUGACGGUGGAGCUGAAGAUGGGCGUGUUUUCGGAGGCCACGGUGGAGGCCGGCCCUCUGGCCGUGUCGGAGGAGAGCCAACCGGCACCGUGCGCGCCUGACAUCGUCCCCCACUUCCUGUGGAUAGAGUUUCUGGUGCAGCGGUUUGAGAUCGCCAAGUACAGCAGCGCGGACCAGGUGGAGAUCUUCACGGCCCUCCUGCAGCGGUCCCUGUCGCUGAACGUCGGAGGGCCCAAAAGCAGCAUGAACAGACACGUCGCUGCCAUCGGGCCAAGAUUCCGACUGCUGACUCUGGGUCUGACGCUGCUGCAUGCCGACGUCGUGACGAAUUCCACCAUCAGAAAUGUUCUUCGAGAGAAGAUCUAUUCCACCGCUUUCGACUACUUCAGCACCACUCCCAAAUUUCCCACUCAGACGGAUAAGCGGCUGAGGGAAGACAUCAGCAUCAUGAUCAAGUUCUACGCCAGUCUGCAGUCUGACAAGAAGUAUCUCGGAGCCAACCAGCUGGUUCCCCAAGAUCCCCAAGACAUGUCCGUGAACAGCCUGUCCGUCAUAGGAGGGACUGACAGCAGGAACAGUCUUGAUGCGGCGAUAAGCCAGCGGCAGCAGGUGACUCAGGGCUGGAUCAACACCUACCCCCUGUCCUCCGGGAUGUCCACCAUAUCCAAGAAAUCAGGACUGUCUAAAAAAAGCAACAAAGGUUCUCAGCUGCACAAGUACUACAUGAAACGUCGAACUCUUUUACUCGCUUUGCUGGCCAGCGAGAUUGAGCGGCUGACGAUCUGGUACAACCCGCUGUCCAGUCAGGAGCUCGUCAUCGCCACGGAGCAGUCGGUGGAGACCAGCAUCGCCAACUGGAGGUCCAAAUACAUCAGUCUGACGGAGAAACAGUGGAAGGACAACAUCAACCUGGCCUGGAGCAUCGCGCCGUACCUCGCCCUGCAGCUGCCUGCCAGAUUCAAAAACACUGAGGCGAUCGUCUCCGAGGUGACCCGUCUGGUGCGAAUGGAUCCGGCCGCUGUGUGCGACGUUCCGGAAGCAGUCAAGUUCCUGGUGACGUGGCACACCAUCGAUGCCGACUCUCCGGAGCUGAGUCACAUCCUGUGCUGGGCCCCGGCAGACCCCCCGACCGGCCUGUCCUACUUCUCCUCCAUGUACCCUCCUCACCCUCUCACGGCGCAGUACGGGGUCAAAGUGCUCCGCUCCUUUCCUCCCGAUGCCAUUUUGUUUUACAUACCUCAGAUUGUCCAAGCGCUUCGCUACGACAAGAUGGGCUACGUGAGGGAGUACAUCCUGUGGGCCGCUCAGAAGUCCCAGCUUCUGGCCCACCAGUUCAUCUGGAACAUGAAGACCAACGUAUACCUGGACGAGGAAGCAAACCAGAAAGACCCCGACAUCGGGGAGCUGCUGGAGGAGAUGGUGGAGGAGAUCACCGGCUCGCUGUCCGGCCCGGCUCAGGGCUUCUACCAGAGAGAGUUCGACUUCUUCAACAAGAUCACCAACGUGUCGGCCAUCAUCAAACCGUUUCCCAAGGGGGAGGAGAGGAAGAGGGCCUGCCUGGAAGCCAUGUCCCAGAUCAAAGUCCAGCCCGGCUGUUAUCUUCCCAGUAACCCAGAGGCCGUGGUCUUGGAUAUAGACUACACGUCUGGGACCCCCAUGCAGAGUGCGGCCAAGGCUCCGUACCUGGCCAAGUUCAAAGUGAGGCGGUGUGGAGUCAACGAGCUGGAGAAAGAAGGUCUGAAGUGUCGCUCGGAUUCCGUCCAAGAUGAGGGGACUAGUGAGGAGGAGGCGAAGAGAAUCUGCUGGCAGGCGGCCAUCUUCAAAGUGGGAGACGACUGCCGACAGGACAUGCUGGCUCUUCAGAUCAUCGGCCUGUUCAAGAACAUCUUCCAGCUGGUGGGCCUGGACCUCUACGUGUUCCCCUACAGGGUGGUGGCCACGGCCCCCGGAUGCGGGGUGAUCGAGUGCAUCCCGGACUGCAAGUCCCGGGACCAGCUGGGCCGACAGACGGACUUCGGCAUGUACGACUAUUUCCGGAACCAGUACGGCGAUGAAUCCACGCUGGCGUUCCAGAAGGCGCGGUACAACUUCAUCCGCAGCAUGGCGGCGUACAGCUUGCUGCUCUUCCUGCUGCAGAUUAAGGACCGACACAACGGCAACAUCAUGCUGGACAGCCAGGGCCACCUGAUCCACAUCGACUUCGGCUUCAUCUUCGAGAGCUCUCCCGGUGGGAACCUCGGCUGGGAGCCCGACAUCAAGCUGACGGACGAGAUGGUGAUGAUCAUGGGCGGCAAGAUGGAGGCGACGCCCUUCAAGUGGUUCAUGGAGAUGUGCGUGAGGGGGUACCUGGCCGUCAGGCCCUACAUGGACGGCGUGGUCUCCUUGGUGACGCUCAUGCUGGACACCGGCCUCCCCUGCUUCAGAGGCCAGACCAUCAAGCUGCUCAAGCAGCGGUUCAACCCCGGCUUGAGUGAGAAGGACGCCGCGUCCUUCAUCAUCAAGGUCAUCCAGAACUGCUUCCUCAGCAACAGGAGUAAAACCUACGACAUGCUCCAGUAUUACCAGAACCAGAUCCCGUACUGAGCGCCGGUGCCUGAGCAUGUGCGUCCUCGAGCCGCUCCGUCGUGUGUUUUGUGCCUUGUUAACGUUCAACGGUGAAGAGUGUGGCUCGUUGUUUUUUUUGCUGAGUUGUUGAUGUUUUCUUGUUUGUCUUGCACCACAUGGUCUUAGUUGCCUAUCCCACCUUAUUUAUUACGUUACGCUGAACCAAUGUUUUAACUCUUAUUGUUUGUGUUACUGCACUAUUAUCUCCUCUUUGCGCGCUUAAGAUUAAAAGGAAAUAAAACCUCGGUAAUUUGCACAUUGAGUAAAUAUUUAAUCGGCUCGUGCCAGUUUUAAAUCACUCGUAAAGUUUGUGAAUGUGGAUUUUAGACGGGGUUUGAAAUGUAACUGGAUACUUGAAGUAGCCGGAGUCGACCGAUGUGGCCUAUUCAUCUCGUACUGGACCGUGCUUCUCUUUGACGGACCGAUCGGAGUCCUUUGAUCCGCAGCAUGGUACUCGUCUUGUAUUUCACCGUGACGACUGACUGUACAUAUACAUGAGUUACACUGUCUGUAUUUUUGGGUUUCCGUAUAUUUGCAGUGACCACGGGGAGGGAAAGGACACGAGUUCUGGGGAACGCUGGGGGUUUAGCUUUGUAUAUUUAUCAUUGCCAAAGGGGGAGGAGUCCGCACAUGAAUCCCACUGUUCUAUUGUUUGGUGGAUGUUGGGCAGUUGCAUGAAGUUAAGUGUAAACUGUCAUGUGACCUGUUUCCAAUGUGGCUUCUUUGGUGGAGGUUUCUUUUGUAACCCAAAGUGCUGUGCCACAUGACCGCUUGGAGAGCUCACGCCAUCAUGGAAUGUUCCUGACUGUAAAGACUUUGCCUCUCUUUGUAUAUUUAUAUUCAUGGCCCAUUUUCAGUCUCUUUUUCUAUCUUCAUGUCUUUUGAAUGAGAACGCUUGAGAUAUUUAAAAAAACAAUCACAUAAAGAUCUAUUGACUUAAAGAAGCUGUCUUGCUGGUGGUGUUUCAUUAACUAUGACAAUAAAUCCUUUGAAGACAUU